AUGGCGGCACCGGUGAUUUCAGAUGACAAGAAAGACCCUCUUCCGGGUACCAACACAGAUGACUUCCCGCCGGAUACUGGCAUCUCGGAACUCAUCAACGCCUCUGGUCACGUACAAGAGCUCGAAAGGAACUUCAAUCUCCUCUCUGCCGCCGGUGUUGGUCUCGUCGUCGGAAAUGUAUGGCCAGCUGUGGGAGGAUCAAUCCUGCUUGCCAUCUUUAAUGGCGGUCCACCUGGGGUCAUCUACGAGUUUAUCGCGGUUUCCGUCUUCUAUUGGAUAAUCGCAGCCAGUCUGGCUGAGUUGGCCUCGGCCAUUCCUUCCAGCGCCGGAGUGUACCACUGGGCCUCGGUGACCCCGGGUAAGAGUUGGGGUCGCAUUAUUGGCUUCUAUGCUGGAUAUUGGAAUUGGUUGGCGUGGGUAUUUGGGGCAGCAUCGAUGAGUUCCAUUCUUGCAAACACCUUUGUGCAGAUGUAUGCCGUGGAACACCCAGAUCUGGUAGUGCAGCGCUGGCACGUCUUCGUCACUUACCUGAUCGUGACCUGGCUUGGCUGCCUGUCUGUCUGUUUCUUCAAUCGGGCGAUGCCUUACCUUAAUACCGUCGGCAUCAUUCUCAUCUUGGUGGGGCUCUUGGUGACGGUAAUUGUUGUUGCCGCCAUACCCGGCUCGGGCAAUCACCCCCCGCAUGCUUCCUCCAGCUUCGUCUGGUCCGAAUGGAGCGCGGAUAUAGGAUAUCCAAAUGGAUUUGUCUUCGUUGCCGGAAUGCUCAAUGGAGCGUACUCAGUCGGUACGCCCGAUGCUGUCAGCCACAUUGCUGAAGAGGUUCCAAAUCCUGGCAAGAAUAUUCCGAUCGCCAUUGGACUGCAAAUGGGCAUAGGUUUCAUCACAGGGCUGGUCUAUAUCAUCGCCAUUAUGUACGCCAUCAGCGACUACGAUGCGCUCUUCGAUGCAGGUUUUCCGCUUGCGGAGAUAUAUCGUCAGGCCACAGGCUCAGCUGGUGGUGCUAUUGGCUUGCUGAUCCCCUUCCUCUUGUGUAUAACGACAUGCCUUGUGGGCGUAUACAUCACGGCGGGCCGAACACUGUGGACUUUAGGGCGAGACGAGGCGACUCCGUUCCACAAAUACGUCGGCAAGGUCUCACCUAGAUUUGGAAUGCCAUUGGUUGCGACGCUGAGUUGCGGCUGUCUUGUAACCGUUCUUGGAUGCAUUUAUGUCGGGAGUGCCACGGCCUUCAAUGCGUUCGUUGGCUCAUUCGUACUGAUGUCUUCCGCAAGUUAUAUCGCCGCAAUCCUCCCUCACCUCUUGACCCGCCGCAAAAACAUUGUAUUUGGGCCAUUCACCUUGGGCAAAUUCGGCGUGGUUCUGAAUUCUAUUGCCUGCGGAUAUAUGAUCGUCUGGUUCGUCAUCUACUGUUUCCCAUUCGGUCUUCCGACGAACGCCGAGAACAUGAACUACGCAUGCCUAAUUUGGGGCGGAUUGACCGUCUUUGUGACGGUCUGGUGGUUGAUCGGCGCGAGAAAGGGAUACGUCGGACCUAAGCUGGCUGGCGGCAUCGACUCUCCAGUUGAGCAUAUGAGAAAGCCAAGUGUAGAGAAGCGUGCUUCGGUAUAG